AUGAACCAGAUCGCGGCCCAGUCCUUCGGCAUGUUUCUCGGAACGCUGGUAUGCGCGGCAAAAGAUCAUGUAGUUGCAGCGUUGAACUAAGUUGUACCUGUACCUGUAAUUGCUUUGCAUCCAAAACCACCACCGGCAAAAGUCAAAUGAUCGUCGGUGUUGUCAUAAUUUACAAUUUUGGAUUUGGAUUUACAAAGAUUUGUGCAUCAACUUCAACUUCAACAUCCUCGGCGGUGCAAAUCUGUCAAUGCAUACUUGACGACGGAUCCGAGGUUGGUCGGCUUCAUUGUCGCCGUGGUGAUUUUUCCCGUCUACGCUCUGAUGCCCGCAUUCGCUCCGGGGUUGAGUAUCCCGCCCUGGAUUCGGUGGCUGCAGGAUAUCUCGGUGUAUAAUUGGGCCUCGAAAUUCCUCCUGGUGUGGGCCUGGAAGGACUUCGAUUUACUGGAACUGAAUCCGGUCGAGGAAACGCAAGCCCGGUUUCCUCAGUUCUGCUACUACCUCCCCCUGAAACCGGAGGAAAUCGGACCUGACUAUCGGAAGCACUUCAUCUCCUGCCGCGAAGUGCAGAAUUCCGACGUGCCGGCGGACCUGUUUGUCGGGCUGGACGAAACCAGUUUCAACGGCGGGAAGCCCUUCGUUUUGAUCCAAGGAACGCAGGACUUGCUGCGGUCCAGGUACAAUCUGGAGGUGAAUUCCUGGACGAUCUCGUGGAUUCUCCUUGUGCAGAUGUCGCUGGUCAUCGGGUAUUUCCUCUUGGCUUUCGCGAUCCACCACUUUCGGUACACCGUGAACUGCAGCUGUCGGGCGUUGUGCAUGUCCUGUGGCUGCUUCUGUUGCGACACCCGACAGAGAAGCAGAUUGGAACAGGAAGGCCGGGCGACACACGAAAACGACGACGAAGAGACGGCCCUGUUGAUACCCAUGUCAUGA